AUGCAGGGCCAGGCUUCGGUGGAGGCCGCCUCUAGGAACCAUGAGGUCCUGCAGGCGUUCAGGGUGCUCGACGUGAAUGGCGAUGGCAAAAUCUCCCCUCAGGAGCUGAGACAGGUUCUGGAUCGCAUGGGGUGGGCGGACGAGUCGGCGAUGCAGGAGCUGAUGGCGAAGGCGGACACCAACGGCGACGGACUGAUUGACUUUGAAGAGUUCGUGCACUCGUCGCUUAACCACGCUGCCGCACGUGGCGGCGGGGCAGACGGUAUGGUGGGGGAGGCGGAGGAAGAUGAGGGGGACUUACGCAAGGCAUUCGAGCUGUUCGACCACGACGGCGACGGCAGCAUCACCGCGGAGGAGCUUCAGAAAGCCAUGCGCAUGCUGAGCGGCGACAAGCUCAGUAUGGAGGAGUGUCGCAUGAUGAUUGCUCGAGUGGACGUGAACAGAGACGGCCGAGUUAACUUCUCGGAAUUCAAGGGCAUGAUGGACGGCGUGCUCCGCUGA